AUGGUGGGGAACGGCAUUGCUAGCGAAACCACGAGGAAGAAAAUAUCCAAGAAUGAUGCCGCAAACGAUGAUGUGGAUGCUACCGCAUUGUUUGAAGUAUUUGGAACGAAACAAAGAAUCCGGAUCGGUAAAAUCAUAAAAGAUCACGGACUUUACGCUCCACACAAUAUGGCAAAUGAUCUACAGUAUGUCAUGACCCUACCAGAGGCAGAUGAAAUAAUGAAAGCGCAGGGCGGGAAAAAUGUAGAAGGGUAUACCCUAGAAAACAUCGAGUUGGAGUACGAAUCCAUCAACAACAUCGGAUUGGCAAGAAAAGUGGAAAGUCAGUACAACGUUGGACGUAAGCUGUCUUUCGAACACGCCAUCCUGAUGAAAAAGACGGAAUGGAGUGAGGACUCCACCAUUAUCAACGAAACGAUCAACGUGCCACGCAGAAGCAUGAAAGCCAUCGUCAUGUUGUUUACGAACAAGACAAGAACAGACAGAGAAGAAUAUGUUUACCCCCAACAUCGAAAAGGUUAG